ACGCCGGCGAUGGACACUUUCCUCUUCACAUCGGAAUCAGUCACCGAAGGUCAUCCCGACAAGGUUUGCGACCAAAUCUCCGACGCAAUUUUAGACGCCUGCUUGGAUCAAGACACCGAGAGCAAAGUCGACUGCGAGACAUGCACUAAAUCAAACACGAUCACAAUCUUAGGCGAAAUCACCACCAAGGCCACCAUAGAUUACGACAACAUCGUCCGCCGGACGUGCAGGCAAAUCGGCCUGAGCGCCGACGAAUGCAGAAUCAUCGUCAACGUCGAGCAGCAGAGCGCCGACAUAGCCGAGACCGUACACGGCCACCUCAGCAAAAAGCCCGAAGAAAUCGGAGCAGGUGACCAGGGCCACAUGUUCGGCUACGCCACCGACGAAACGCCGGAGUUGAUGCCUCUGUCGCAUCUUCUCGCAACUAAAUUAGCAGCUAAAUUGAGCGAGGUUCGGAAAAACGGAACUUGUCCGUGGCUGCGGCCGCACGGUAAGACGGAAGUGAUUAUCGAGUAUAGAAGGGACGGCGGUGCAGUGGUCCCGAUCAGAGCGCACACGAUUCUAAUCUCCACCAAACACGAUCCGACGGUUGAAAACGAUCGUAUGGCGAUGGAAUUGAAGGAGCACGUGAUCAAGCACGUGGUUCCUCCGAAGUAUCUGGAUGAAAAGACGGUUUUGCGCUUUGACGAUCCGUUGACCGGGGGGGACCACGAGGAUGACGUGGGGCUGACGGGGAGGAAGAUCAUCGUCGACACGUACGGCGGGUGGGGGGCGCACGGGGGAGGGGCGUUUUCAGGGAAGGAUGCGUCGAAGGUGCAUAGGAGUGGGGCGUACAUUGCUAGACAGGUGGCGAAGAGCGUGGUGGCGGCGGGGCUAGCGCGGCGGUGUGUGGUGCAGGUGUCGUAUGCGAUUGGGAUAGUGGAGCCGUUGUCGGUGUUUGUGGAUAGUUACGGAACGGGGAAGGUGGCUGACAGGGAUUUAUUGGAGGUGAUUAAGACGGAAUUUGAUUUCCGGCCGGGGAUAAUUGCGGUGGAUUUGGAUCUGAAAAGAGGUGGCGAUUUCAGGUAUCAGAAGACUGCUGCUUAUGGGCAUUUUGGAAGAGAUGAUCCUGAUUUUACUUGGGAAAAUGUUAAACCUCUUGUUGCUAAUUAAUCCUACUUCAUAAUUAGUAUAUGAAGACACCUU